AUGGAUUCUUCAGGGAACUUUCGUUCACACAAUGAAGCAGCGUCAUGCCAUGACAAGUUGGAGAAUGAAGACCCAGCACAAGAAGAGCAUGCCUCUCUGAACAAGCGCUUGAAACUUUCAUCAGAUAUACUUAAUGAGCCUAGCCCUUUGGGUUUACGUCUGAGGAAGAGCCCUUCACUUUUAGAUUUGAUACAAAUGAAGCUUUCUCAAGGGAGCAUGUGUCUUGCAAAUACACAUAAUGAAAGCUUAAGCUCAAGAGUGAAAAAGGAGAGUCGUGGUGCUGCUGCAUCAGGUUCUGUUGACAAGCUUAAGGCUUCAAAUUUCACAGCUUCACUUUUAAGAAUUGGUUCAUGGGAGUUUAAAUCAAGAUAUGAGGGCGACUUAGUGGCAAAGUUUUACUAUGCUAAACAGAAGCUUGUUUGGGAAUUUCUUGGAUGUGAACUAAAGAGCAAAAUUGAAAUCCAGUGGUCAGAUAUUGUGACACUUAAGGCAAACUGUCCUGACAUUGGACCUAGCUCAUUGACUGCAGUGCUUGCUAGACAGCCUCUUUUCUUCAGGGAGUUUAAUCCUCAGCCUAGAAGGCAUACAGUCUGGCAGGCAACGUCAGAUUUUACUGAUGGGCAUGCUAGCAAAUACAGGCAGCACUUUUUGCAAUGUAGGCAAGGGCUGUUGACCAAGCAUUUUGAAAAGCUUAUGCAGUGCAACACACAUCUUAAUUUCUUAAGCCAGCGACCACAGAUGAUUUUGAAUUCACCACCUCGUUUCGAUACACAGCCUGCUGCUUUUGAGAACUCUGACAAUCCGAAAUAUCAUGAUUUGCAUCAAGUCAAUGGUAAAGGAUCUGCCACAUCUUGUUUUCAGGACAUAGGGUCACUCCAUUCAUCCCUGUCACCGUCAUUUAAGAUUGAAAACAAUGAUCCUCCUGGCAUUACCUUGGAUUGUCUGCCCCUUGAAGCACCUUCUCCUAGUUCAGGGAAUUCAAAUUCUGAAACUGAUUCCAAGGGCCCAAGAGAUUGGGAUCAGAUAAAACUUCCUGGACUCCGCCCUUCUAUGUCAGCAAGCGAUUUUAUUAAUCAGGUUGAACGUUGUCUUUCUGAAGAAAUGACUCCCUUUUCUGGUGGAGGACCUGAGUACAAGGAAAUGUUGGACGACAUUGCACAGUAUCUGCUUAGUGACAAUCAGGUUACAGCUUCUGAUGAAGAAUCACUCAUGUCAAGGGUCAAUUCUCUCCGCUGUCUUCUGCAGAAGGACCCUGCAGCUGUGCUGAAUUCACAUGAGGAAAGUGCUGUUGAAGGACCUGAUAAUGGGAAAAACAUUCAACUUAGCCAUGAUCUUGAAUUAAUGCAGGACAAUAAAAUUAAAAUAGAUGUUAAGACUGCUCAAAAUGACUCGAGACGGUUCUUGUGGUAA